AUGGCCACAUUUGCCCCAUCUCAACAAGAUGUUGCAGAGCUUUUUGACGGGGAAGACAAACCUGUUUCUCGAAACGAUAACUUAAAACUCACCGAUGACGAGCAAAACGAAUCUCGCUUGAUUCCUUUCUCUAUCGAGCUACUGGACAAAAUCUUUGAGUACUCUUAUUAUCUGGAAGAUGAAGCUAAGAAACAGCAAAAGCGGAUGAGGAAUAUCGAUAACCUAUCGUCGGUGAACAGCGUGUUUUAUUGUCUUAGCUUGAAAUACCGGUACCGUUACUGUGUGUUCAUUAGGUCCAAUAUGUUUUAUCGUUUCUUAUUGACGCUCAUGAGUGGCCCACAGAAUGGUUUGGGGAGAUUUGUUCAAACUUUGGAUUUCCAGGAAUUUACUUCAGUCGGACUUGGACGCUCCAGCGCUAUGAUGCUAGAGAUUCAAGACCUUACUGAAAGGACUAUUUUGCAAUGCCUCAGACUUACACCCAACUUACGGCAGUUUCUCGCCAGUGAAAGUAUCGAAGACGAUAUUAGCACUGAUAUUGUGGACUACUUAUUCAACUCUAUGCCACUAUUGGAAUGUCUUGACUUUUGUGGUUCAAGUGGUUUCAAGUUUGCCAAUGCUUUUGACAGUCUUCCUUGUGUGAACCUAAAUGACUCAUUGCAAAGACUAUCAUUUCAUGACUGUACUGACUUAAGCCCUGCCACUUUCCGCAAGAUCUUGCCAGGUCUUCACAACUUGCAGAGAUUGGAUUUGACGCACACUCGUGUCAGCGCCAAAGACUUGAUGCAGGCACUCUCCAAUGAUUGUCGCCUUACCCAUUUAUCGUUGAGCAAAUGCUCCAAUAUUGGUGCCACCCACGAGUUCAUAAGAUUGCUUGUCAAUCAUCGGGCGAUCAACCACGAUGGUCUAUUAUGGCUCAACUUACAAAACGAGUACUCUGUGGCUAUUCUCAAGGCUGAGACCAUUACAUAUUUAUUACAGAGCCUAAAAUGCCAUAAUUUGAAGUAUUUGAACUUGAAUGGCUAUAGCGAGGUCUGUCAGUCUCAUCUUAACAUUAUAACGAGGAAGUUUUUGCAGUUAAAGAGCCUAUCCAUUUCGCACCUUGAGCACGGCUCUGAUUUAUCUGCUUUGAAACAGUUGCUCUACUUAAAGUAUGCCGAUUUAUCGUCUUACAUGGCUACAAAGGGAGAACUGUAUAAUGCAUUACUCAGCCUGCCAGAAGGUCUUCAAACAGCAGAAAUCAAAGUUAGCGUGAGUGAUGUGCUGCCUGAUGUGUUUGUUGUCGGAAAUAAAUACUGGCGGUGUCAUAACGCUGGUGGUCAAAGUAGAAGAGUGUGGGUUCACCGUGUCGAUUCUUAUGAAGAGGCAGAACUCUAUGAUAACUUCUAUGAUAAUAAAAUCUUCUUCAACAUUGAGACAGGAGAAAGGUACGACGGUGAAUUUAAGAGACCGUCAUUCUUAAAAUAUGCCUCUCGCAAGAUUAACUGCUCCAAGUUCCAGCAUCACAGACCCGACGAAGAAAUCUUUCCUAAUGGUAUGUCUGAGAGGGGACUCUACAGAUAUUACUCGUUGCACAAAUAA